CCUUGAGGCCAGCCGAUCCAACGGAACUGCGAGCGAUCUUUAAUAAGUAUGCCACUGUGGAACAGGAUGAUGAAAAGUUCAUGACACCAGUGAAUCUGAUCCGAGACUAUCUUGGAAUGCAGAAGGUUGAGGAGUACAAUGAAACAACUUUGAAUCUUCUUGCAGGAUGUGUUGACCAAACUAAAGAUGGCUUGAUCUCAUUUAGUGAAUUCUUGGCAUUUGAGGCCUUACUGUGUAACCCAGGUGCUCAACACAAGAUUGUUUUUCAACUUUUUGAUCUGGAUGGGAAAGGAUCAGUGACAUUUGAUGAGUUUGAAAAUGUUAUCAAGAAGACAACUUUUUUCAGCAAAAUAAAGUUCAACUUCGACACUGAGUUUGUCAAGACAUAUUUUGGGGUUAACAAAAAGGCCCGUAUUCGUUUUGAUGACUUCUCACAUCUGCUACAGGAUUUAGAGAAGGAGUACCAAAGACAGGCAUAUUUUCAAAGUAAAAUGCCAGACGGUGAAAUAACUGCUGUAAAAUUUUCAGAGAUAAUGAAAGUUUUACGAGGACACAAGCUGUCUCCAUUUGUCAGAGAAUACCUUCUCACGGCUGCUAGUGGAGAAGGUGGCCAUCGAGUAAGCUAUGGUUAUUACAGAGCAUUCAAUGUAAUGCUUGAUCAUGCACAAGUUCUCCAUGAUAUGGCAAUAAAGGCUGCAAAAGGGAAUCGCUACAGGGAACUUAAGAAAGCUGACAUGCUACAGGAGGCCAAAGCUGAUGCUGAGAUCACUCCUUUAGUUAUUGAUAUUCUAUUCCAUCUGUGUGACUUGGAACACAGGAGAGGGCGGAUCACAGUGUCAGAUGUGCAUCAGAUUCUUCCGCAUCGGGAUGUAUUUAAAGUUUUCUCCACGGAAAGAAUUGAAGAGGAGCAGAUGAUAACCAAACCCAAAGAUGAAGAAGGGUCAGUCUUAUGGAAAGCUGUAGAGCAAGUUUAUCGGUUUGGCCUCGGUUCUGUGGCUGGAGCUGCUGGAGCGACUGCAGUGUACCCUAUUGAUCUGGUCAAGACAAGAAUGCAGAAUCAGCGAGCAGUGUUGGCUCAAGAGAGACUGUACGCUAACAGUUUUGACUGCUUCCUCAAAGUUAUUAGAAAUGAAGGCCCGCAAGGAUUAUACAGAGGAUUGCUGCCUCAGAUUGUUGGAGUUGCCCCAGAAAAGGCCAUUAAAUUAACGACAAAUGACUUUGUUCGUGACGUGUUUCGCGAUAAAGAUGGAUUCAUAAGCUUGCCUUUUGAGAUCGUAGCUGGUGGAUGUGGAGGAGCUGCUCAGGUUCUGUUCACCAAUCCUCUAGAGAUCGUGAAGAUCAGGUUGCAGGUCGCUGGAGAAGUUGGAGCUACCGGUAAAGACAAGGUGACGGCAUUGAGGGUCAUCAGGGAACUGGGACUGACUGGACUUUACAAGGGUGCACGAGCUUGUUUUUUAAGAGACAUUCCAUUUUCUGGUAUUUAUUUCCCGGCUUACGCUCAUCUGAAGCUUCACUUCAAAGACGAGAAUGGCCAGAUUGGUGCUGGCGGACUUUUUGUCUCUGCAAUGAUGGCUGGAGUUCCUGCAGCAGCCUUAGCAACCCCAGCUGACGUCAUCAAGACUAGAUUACAGGUGAAAGCUCGGUCAGGACAGCAGACAUAUCGAGGGGUGAUUGAUUGUUUCAGGAAAAUACGGAAGGAGGAGGGAGGUAGAGCCUUUUGGAAAGGAGCAGGAGCGCGAGUUUUCAGAUCCUCGCCUCAGUUUGGGGUCACUUUGCUCACGUAUGAAAUUCUCCAAAGAGUGUUUAAAGUGAAUUUUAGCGGAAAAGGAGCAAUAGUGCACGAGGCCUGGAGUGAAAAAAGGUCCUAUAACCCUGACAUCUCAUUACAUCCUGACCACAUCGGUGGCAUGAGAAUGGCUGUGGCCUCGUUUGCAGGCAUUGAAACCAGGUUCGGUUUAUGUUUACCCAAGUUCGCACAUGCAGCAGCAGAGAAAAAAGCUAAAUGAACAUUACUCCGGAGGAAAAGGAUAGAUAGCAGACUUGAACUGAAUCCGUCGAAUCCGAUGAAAAAGAAAUUGCUGAUCAAUUUCAGUCUGUUUGAAGGAGAUUCAAACUCUAAAGAACCUUCCUCAACAUUAACAUUCAAGCCACGCAUGUCGUAAGUGGGUAGCUGUGUGUCUAUUUAAGCUUGGUUGCGCUUGUAACACAGGUGUGGCACCAUUAGUACUUGUUAUUCGCACGUGAGCGCGUAUAUGAAGUCACUUGGAUCGUUAGUGCAUCGUGUAUUUGGCAGAAAGAGCUAAACUAGCAGAUUUGAAUUAAAAGCAGCGUGUAUGAUGCACGAAUUUUGAAAUUUAAUCGUGACAAACAAACCAA